UACUGGCAGAAGAGGAUGAAGAAGAAAAUAGAGAAAAAAAUUAAAAGGAAGGAAAUAAAAAGAAAGGCAUCUCAUUGAUCCUGAUGUUUUUGGAAAGCCCACUUGCAUGGAGCUGCCAGAGGAGCUGUGUCACUGGCAGACAUGCAGAAACUGAGAAGGGAGAAAGCAAUAGAAGACUACAGAAUGAAUGAGGAUGGUCUUUUGAUCCAACCACACGUGGAAUUUAAUAAAGAGAAACAAUCCUCAGGAGGACAGAAACUACAGAGGUUACAGUGAUUGCUUUCCCACAAAAAAAAAGAGAGGGUCUCAAAACACAUACUUCAACAAUCAAGGAUGUACUUUGUCAAAGCAGAGCUUGAAAAUCCAAUUCAUGUAAAAUCUGUGGGAGCACCUUAAACUGACCUCAAGCAGACUGUAUGAAUUUAAUUUCUGACACAGGUGAUUUGAUAAGCUCAGACUGGGUGUUUGGAGACAUCCAAGUGAAAAAGAGGCUAUUCCCCUUGCAGAGGUGUCAAACAAAAGCUCCUGACUUUACAAUGGCAGGUAAUUCAACAUUCCAUUGCUGAAUGGAAAUAAUGAUGGUCUGUCUUUUGGAGGAAAUUCUUGCUGUGUGGAAAAAGUAGCAAAACUUUCUUGGGUAAAUAUAAGUACUGCUUUCCCUUUGGUUCUCUUUUGGGAAUGGCAUAGAGAGAAUAAAUAUGUUGGAAUGGAGUCAUCACUGAUGCACAAGACUAAAAAUGACAAUUUUCUUCAAGAAGAGAAGAGUUAUUUUUUAAUGGUCCAUCAGGCAGUGAUGCUGCUCAGUGCCAGCUGUUUGUGUGAGCGUGGUACUGACAGGUAACCAAACCAUGCACGCCUCCUACACAACACAACACAACUCCUGCCUGUGCUUAGGGGUACAGCCACACCAGUUAAGGACCACUCUAGUGAAGUUCUACUGGAGCAGUAGCAACGAUCUUAUUUUUAUAUCCUAGCAACUGUGUGUGGUGGUUUGAGCCCAGCUGGCAACUAAGGACAAUGAAGCUGCUCCCUCCCACCCUGCCCCAGGGGAAUGGGGCAGAGAAUCAAAAGUAAAACGUGUAGUUUAGGAUAAGAAGUUUAAUAGUUGAAAAAAAAAUAGAGUAAAUAAUAAGAAUGAUAAAAAAGGAAAGAAAAACAAUACAAUUGCUCACCCUAUGCUAAUUCCAGAUCGGCCUCAUUUCCAAGCAGCUGCCCUCGGUUAUACUGGGCAUGAUGUCCUGUGGUAUGGAAUAUCCCUCUGCUCAGUUCAGGUCAGCUGUCCUGGCUGUGCACCCUCAAGAUUUCCCUCUCAGUGGCAGAGGAUGAGACAGGACAAGUCUCUGACUUAGGAUAAACUCGAUUUAGUGAAACUCAAAACAUCAGGUUUUUUAUUCUGUAUGCAAAACUCAGUACAGUCCCAGCCACUGAGGAAUUAACUCCUUCUAGCCCAAACCAGGACACUGGUACCUCCUGAGUGCUGGAGUGACACAGCUUAGUAUGAAACACCGAUUUUUAGCGCUGUGCAGUAGGUGAUCUGGAUUAAUCACCCACUUAAGGAUUUGCUCUAAGUGUGCUGGUUAAUGGGUUUUGGGAGGCAGCGGUGCUGAACACCUGAUGGCCACACCGCGUUUACGGUUAUGUUCGCAAUAACCUUCAGGCCUAUUUCCUCCGGAGCUGCUCCACUGCAGCUCCCAGCGCAUGACAGAGCGAAGCGGCAGCAGGCACGGAGCCCCACGAAUGCCCGCACGUGGUAACCCUGACAGCGCCCCGCGCCCAGCGCCGCCAGCCCCUCACCGCUCUCGUCAUCUGCGGGGGCUGCCAGGCCGGCACAGGCCCCUGGCUGCGCCGGGCGGCCUCGGCGGCACGCACACGGGCCGGGCCGGGCCCGCCUCAAGGGCGAGCGCGCGUCACUUCCGGGACGCACCCGCCUCCCCGCGCCAGCAUCGCGAGACCCCGCCCCGCCUCGCGCGAGACUCGCUGGCUCACCCGGCCGUCUGGCCGAGUCCCUUCGGCAAUUUCCGUCACCGCCAGACCCUACCAAUCGGCCGCAGGAGCGCAUCGAUGAGGAAGGGCCCCCCGCGGGGUCCCUGCGGGGCCGAGCCCCGCGGUGCGGGCGUGGGGUCCGUGCGGCGGCCACGGCGGCGCGCACGGGCCGGGGGGGCCCAGGCGCGGGGCCGGGGCGGCGGAGAGGCAUGCGGGGAUCGAUUGAUCAGGCCUGGGCAUGGCGCCUCUCCUCCCCCCCGCCAUGGCUCCCCGUGUCCCUGCUCCUCUCCUCUCAGUGAGCGAAAGUGGCCGCCGCCGCCGUCCCAGCGCCCGCAGCCGCCGCCUCCUCCUCAGCACCAGCGCGGGCGCCAUCUUGGCGAGGCAGGAGCCGGGAGCGCCCCGCGGCAGGAGACAGGCAACGCCAGCCCCGGCAACGCGGGGCGAGAGGCCGGGUGGAGCAAGCGGGGGAGCGAGCCCCGGAGACACCCCCAGCCCCCCGCCGCCGCCGCCGCGUCGCCGCCGGGCCCGCUACCCAGGUGAGCCACCGCGGCCACCGCGCAAAGGCACGCCGGGCCGGGGCUACUGGAGGCGGCACUGGGGGCGCCGGCCGGGCAGGCCGCGGCUUCCCCCCCCGCGCCGAGCGGCGGCCGCAGCAGCCGG